AUGGGACCAGGGGUGGUGGCUGCAAGGGUGGCUGCAAGGGCGCUUUUUGACGGUGCUUGGAAACCGAAGUCAACGCUAGGGCCGUCGCAACCAUGCCAUAACUGCGUUUCAAGGGGCCAUGAUGACCUAUGCGUAUUCGCCAAUGGCAAAACCCCAAGGUCCAAUGCCAUGCAGACUCAGGGGAUGGAGUGUCGCCUGCAUCGCUUGGAAGAGCUAGUCGCCUCCUUUACCGCUGAACCUGGGCUGGCUUCACAGCUGCCGAAUGGCACCAAGCCUAUCGACGUGAUUAAGACGUCUUUGGACGAUGAUUCGAGCCAGGAGGGUUCCAUUCCGGAGCUUGGAACCAUGGAGGAGAAGACACCCUAUAGAGGGAGCACCAAUUGGCAAGACGUUCUCCAAGAAAUCGUCGCGCUCAAAAACACCUGGAAUCAAUUCAAAUUCGAUAUGGAAGCGGACGAGUUGGACCAGGCUUUUGCACAGGGCCUCUCUACUCAUGAGCCAGUUAUUUCGGCCGGAAAUCCAAGAUCACUCGACAAAGCAGAACUGAUAGCUUCUCUGCCGCCGAAGCAAACUACUGACCAGUUUGUUAAUAAAUUUUUCGAUCCCAAUGACCCUGCCCCUCCCCUACUCGUGAUACACGAACCGACAUUCCGCAAACAAUAUGAGGAACACUGGAGGAAUCCUGAUAGAACAGAUGUGGCUUGGCUCGGACUUUUGUUUUCUAUGUUGUGGAUGACAGUCCAGUCCGAAAUUGAAAGCCCAAAAGAUGCAGCUCAGUAUAUGGGCGUUGGAGAAUCCCUUGCUGAUCUUUUUCGAACACGGACAGCGCAGUGUCUUAUGCAUGCGAAUAUCACACGGAGCGAGCCGCAUGUCAUAGAGACAAUGUGUUUCCAAGCCCUUGCUGAAUAUAUGCGCCGAAAAGAUAUUGAGUCUGGCGUUUGGAUGGCACUUGGUCAGAUCGUGCGUGCGGCAAUGCGCAUGGGCUUCCAUCGUGAUCCGUCUCACUACCCGAAGGCAUUCUCCCCUUUCCAAGGCGAGAUGCGGCGACGCAUCUGGGCUUUCAUCUGUCAGGCUGAUCACGUUUGCUCGUUCCAUAUAGGGUUACCAAGCAUGAUUUCAUCGGCCAUCUCUGACACAGCGACGCCAUCGAAUUUACAUGAUUGGGAGCUGACUGAGGGUAUGGCUAAACUUCCUCCGUCAAGACCAAUGUCGGAGGUUACUGGUAUCACUUACAUGGUGACGAAAUCGCAAAUUCUCCAAACAGUUGGGAGAAUCGGGGAGUUCUUGUACAACACGAAGCAAAUGUCAUAUGACCGCGUUCUUCAGCUUGACCAGGAAUUGUUCCAAGUUGUCAGGGACAUACCGGAACCGUUUAGAAUGACAAAUUGGAACGCUGCUGAAACUGAAUCUCUCUUCAAGUCCAUGCAGAGGGUUCAUGUUGGCAUUCUAUACAGUGAGGGAAUGUGCGCUCUUCACCGAAAAUAUAUCAGCGCAGCACGAAAGGAUCAGAAGUUUGCAUUGUCUCGCCAGAGAUGUCUUCAAUCCGCAAUUACCCUCAUUGACCUUCAAACCGGUCUUCAGAGGCUUUUAAAACCUGGCCACCAUCUAGAACAGAGCCGAUGGUGCCUCGCGCCGGUAGCUAACUCUUCCUUCCGACUUGCAAUCAUGAUUGUUUGUCUGGAUCUGCAACAGGAUGGAGAUGUGCAAUCUGAGUCUAUCGAAGCCGAUGACGUUUUGAUUGGUAUUAAUCGAGCGGACCGGAUGAAAAAGGUUGAGGGUGCUUGGGAUACUUGGAUGAAUCUCGGUGAUACCACGGCAGAAGGCCAAAAGUUCCAUCGAGUAUUUGCAGCCGUACUCCAAAAGCUCCGUUCCGAACGAAAAGGCGGUCCAUGUGGUGGUUUGCCUCCAUCGAAGACGCCUGGUGCAUUGGCCUACACCCCUCCGCAAGAUUUUUCCCCUGGUAUGGGAAGUGAAGGAGCGGGUAGUUCCAUUCCAAGUUCCGUUGCAUACGCACCUGGGUUCGACGAUCAUUCUUCGUCGAGCGCAUAUACCGAGCCCACACCUCCGCCUGUGGGCGCUCCAGAGUUUUACACGGAAGUCCCGGAUCUUUUGGACACGAAUAACUGGGACACUCUGUUCCAAGAGUAUGGCUUUGAGAAUCCAAAUCUACUAUACAAUCUUGAUUACGAUCCAAUUACAACUCAUUCAUUUUGA